AUGGCCUCUUUCAAUUGUUUUGUUUUAGCAUUCUUCAUGGCUUUGUCAUUUUCAAGCAUCAAUGUUGGCCUUGCUGCAGCUCGUCAUCUCCUCCAGUUGCCACCUUUACCACCAAUCCCAACUUUUCCUAUAGUAACUCUGCCACCACUGCCAUCUAUUCCCAAUCUCCCACAACCAACAAUGCCAACAUUGCCGACCACCCAACCAUCAUUACCCAAUUCUGGAACUCUGCCUCCGCUUCCUAGCAUGCCAACGUUGCCUACCAUCCCUACUGCCCCAAAAGUCACCCUCCCACCUCUUCCAAACCUGCCCUCAUUCCCCACCAUACCAACUUCUAUUCCAUUCAUCCCAUUCUUCUCACCACCACCUGCAAAAACUAGCCCUUGAAAACUGUUCAGUCUGUGCUCCCGAUACAAAGAGUUCGGACUAUGUGCCUUUGCUUUGGUGUGCUCUAGUUCCUUCAAACAUUAAUCUUGUUUCACCAAGGGAAUAUAUAGAGGCUUUUAGCCAUUUGUCUCAUCGCAUAUUUCCAUUUUACUGGUGUAAGAAUUUUUCUUUCUUCUUUCUUGUUCGUUUUUUUG